AUGGAGUCAGUUCAGCUCACGGACAUCGAAGAUAGGUGGUUGUGGACUUCAGAUCGGGAUGGAGUUUUCUCUGUUAAGGUUGUCAAAAGGCUCCUUCAUUCGGGUCUUGCGAUAGUUAACAGGUACAUAAUGGAUUGGUGUAAAUGGGUCCCCGCUAAAUGCAAUAUUCAUGCUUGGAGAAUAGAAAUGGAUAUAAUCCCGACCGGUGAAGCUUUAAGGAAAAGGAACGCCCAGUUUGGUGAGGUUACAUGUCCGAUGUGUAACUCAGCCGAAGAAUCUUUUGAUCACGUUUUCAUUGUAUGUUUUGUCGUGUCAAAUGUUUGGAAUGGUAUUAGCAAGUGGUGUAAAAUCCCAAACAUUUUUUCUUUCUCGAUUAAGGAUCUUCUUGGUAUUCACAAGGGUCUUAGGGCAUCGGAGAAAAAGAAGGAUGCGGUUCAAGGUAUAAUGAUGAUCGCUUGCUGGAGCUUAUGGAGAGCUAGGAACAAUUUGAUUUUUUCCAAUAGACCGAGCAGGAUAGACAACAUUCUUAGCAAGGUUAAGGCUUUGAGUUUCCUUUGGAACUCGAAUAGAUCAAAACACAAAGGAAUAGAUUGGAGAGAUUGGUGCUCUUUUAUAAAAAUGUAA